AUGGCCGAUCAAGAGGAAGUCACCAAAAGUAGAGAUUGCAGUAACGCCAUGAUGCCGAAUUCUUCCUUCGACUUCGGAAACAACCAAAAUUACGGAUCCGAAAAUCCUAGAGAUUGCGAUCCAACACCCAGAAACAACAUGAUUCUCACAGAAAAAGAAGUUACAGAGUCUCUUCAGAUAUCCGAGCGAAUCAUGGAAGAGUCUAAAGGCGACGAAUGCGAUCCAUACUUCAUAAGCCUAGCGGAUGUGAUGGUCAAACUGGCUGCAGCCACACUAGAAGUCAAGAAGAGGAUUGAGAGGAAAUACCCAGAUGAUCAUUUUCCAUUGACAGAGCCAUUCGCUUCCCCCUCGGAAGAAAGACAUGCAGAAUCAAUGGAGUUCCUUGAUCAUGAAUUCAAGAUGUUUGCAGAAUGCUUUGUCUUUCUGGUUCGAGCUUAUAUGUCUCUCACUUCGGAGAAAAUCAAUAUCCUGAGCCAGGUACCAAACGAUUGGGCAAAAGGAGAUAUUGUAGCUGAAGAUGUGCAGGUACCGAGCUCGACACAGGGUGAUGGCGUGGGAGGGAAAGAGGAAUAA